UUUUCAAGUGAUGAGAAGCGCAGAAAAUUUACAAUGGCACCAGUAAAGAAUCGAAAUGACUUGGACAAACCGGGCUUCUCACCGGCAGAAGAAGAAGUGGGAAUCACGACAAAUUCGCAUCAAAGGACAGACAGAAACCUACAGAAGAUCCAUCGCGAAGUUGACUUUCGCAUUCUUCUGUGGUACUCCUUCGUUUAUCUGAUUAUGCGUAUCGAUGUGACCAACAUUUCAAAUGCGGCUAUUAUCAACAUCGAAGAGGGAAAUGGGAUUAAGAAGGAACUGGGCAAUUUGUCCAGUGAGCAGUGGGCAUGGGCAUUGAGCAUAUUCUACUAUCCAUAUAUGUUUUUCGAACCAGCAUCUACCGUCCUUUUGAAGAGAUGGUCGCCUUCGGUAUGGAUGUCGAGGAUUAUGAUUACCUGGGGAAUCAUUUCUAUGUGCCAAGGAGCUACUAGAAACUAUGCUGGCAUCCUUGCUACUCGUUUCUUUCUGGGCUUGGCUGAGGCUGGCUUCUACCCCGGAGUAUUAUAUCACCUGAGCUUCUGGUAUAACACAGAUCGAAUGCCGCUUCGACUCGCAUUUUUCUACGCGUCUGGCGUUUUCUCAGGAACCGUUAGUGGCUUACUAGCAUAUGCUAUAUCUUUCAUGAACAAAGCGGGUGGGCUUUCGGGAUGGCGCUGGGUAUUCAUCCUCGAAGGCAUCCCGCCUAUUCUUUGUGGAGUAUAUACAUACUUCUUCCUCCCGAAUUACCCCGAGAACUCUAAUUUCUUGUCCGAAUCAGAGAAACAAACUGUACUCGAAGGUCUUUCCAGCGAUGCACCGAAAAUGAAAGCGAAGACCUUCCAAUGGGAAGAAGUCAAGAUUUUACUGCGUGAUCCGACAAUGAUUACGUUUUCACUGCUGUGGAUCACUCAUGGCAUCGGAGGCUGGGGAAUCUCUUUCGUCCUUCCUACCGUCAUCUACGAGUUGGGAAUGACCAACACGGGUAUUGCGCAGUUGAUGUCGAUGCCGCCCUCCAGCCUAGCAUUCCUCACGCUUGUUAUACUAGGCUAUUUCAUUCGUCUAGAUAAGUUGAACUGCUGGAUUGUAGCCAUUGCCUUGGAACUUGUAUCAAUCAUUAGUUACAUCAUUUUGCUCACAACUGAUAACACCAUUGUGAAAUACAUAUUCAUUAUGAUUUCCAAUGCAGCAGCAUCGUGUGUUUACCCUGUGAUCUGGCCUGAGCGAAUUCGAGCAGUCAAAGGGACUACAUCAUCAGCCCUUGCUAUCGGAAUCACAAACGCAUGUGCCCAAUUGAUGGGUAUCGUUGGCCCUCAAGUAUAUCAGUCCAAGUUCGGCCCUUCCUACCAUCGUCUCACCAUGGCAGCACCAUCUCAGAACAACGAGGCCUCUCUCCCUUCUCCCGCCUGGGUUUGGUCUAACAACUCUGACGUUCAUGCCGCUCGAGAUCGCUCUUGGUUCGGUGACGACUACACACCCUUCCAGUCCUUUGUCACAGGUAUGCUUGGAGACUCGAUCGAAGUCGUUGGGAUUGGAACCGUCGACCUACCCACCAAGACCUCGCCAAAGAAAACCGGUCCGAGUUCGCACGGUGUCGUCCGCUUGAAGAAUGUGCUACAUGCCCCUCGUCUGACCUGUAAUAUCAUUGGAAAACCCAUUCUGAAAGACUACGGUGUCCAAAUUCGGUCCUCCAAUAAGCAUACCUCUGACUCUAUUACCAGCCACUCUGACGGGCGAACCGUUGCCUACUUCAAGUCUAUCACUGGAAACGUCAUGUUUUGGGAAGUCCGGCUUAGCGGACCCCUGGUCGGUCCCAAGGUUGGACCUUCACCUUUUAGGCCAUCCGAUGACUACAUGAUUCACGCCUUCUGGCCCGAUAGUGAGCGGCGGAGGUUUGCAGCCUUACAGGCCUCUCGUCAGGCUCAGACCAAGGUCUCUGAGCCUCUCACUCAGAACGAGAAGGCAUGGCUAAAGAAACACCAUGGAUCUGAAUUCAAGUUUCUACGAGACCACGGGCUGAGCAUCUAUGAGGAUGAGGAUCGUGAGGAGGGUCGUACGAUUCUGCGAGCCCUCAUGUCCGAUGAUGAUGAUGAUGAUGAUGAUGAUUCAGAGAUCUAA